CAGCAUCAACAGAGCUGCUCGCACGUCUCGCGAUGAAACUAGGGAAACGCGAUAGCUUUGUGCUGCCCGCAAAGUUGUACUCAUAGCGGCAGCACAGCGGCAGCAGCAGCAACAACAGCAGCGAUGGCCGCUUUCCGCAGAGUGGCAGCGCUGGCCGGUAAGAUAAACCUCUGGACGGCGGCGAGAAGCGAGCUCGUCGGCGGUCAGACGGCCAGUGGAAGAAGGGCACAGAAGUGUCUGGCAGUCGGGAUAUGUCUUGCAACGGGAGGCGCCGUGACACUCUACUUCUACAACGAUAUAACGAGCGGCAGAGGCAGGAAGAGGAUGGAGAGACGCAGCAUCAACGAUUUACUACCGUCCAUCCCGACCGUCGAAGCCAAGGAGAAGGCACGUCCAUUUGACUUCGAAGACGGAGACGUGUACAUGUCUUCCCAUGAGCAUCGCUUCCGCAUGUUCAGCUCCGUUGAGUAUGAAGGCCAGCUGUACAUGACUCCGCAGAACUUCAUCGAGUCAGUCACCAUGAGUGAACCAAGAAACAAGAGGCCCUGGAGGUCCCUGACCAAACAGGAGCUGGAGAAGAUCCUGUUAGAAACUCCGCCAGUAUGGAGAGGAUCAUCCAAACUGUUCCGCAACCUGAGAGAACGAGGCAUCAUCUCAUACACAGAGUACCUGUUCCUGCUCUGCAUCCUGACAAAGCCCCAUGCUGGCUUUAAGAUUGCUUUCAAUAUGUUUGAUGCAGACGGCAACCAGAUGGUGGACAAGAGGGAGUUCUUGGUGCUCCAGGAAAUCUUCCGGAAGAAAAAUGAGAAGAAAGGGAGGAAAGGGGAUGCUGAAAAGUCAGCACAGUUGAGUAUGCAGCUGUAUGGAUAUCAGGUUGCCCCCAUGAACAGCGUGCUAAAAAAAGACAGUCAGGAGUUUGUGGCGCGGAGUUACUGGGACGUUCUGAGGCGAAGUGCCAGUCAAGUCCUCUUUUCUGACCUGGCGGAGCGAGCAGAUGAGAGUAUUACGAUCGACACCACCCUACUGGUCCAUUUCUUUGGGAAGAAAGGGAAGGCAGAGCUUACCUUUGAUGACUUCUACAGGUUUAUGGAUAACUUGCAGACAGAGGUGUUAGAAAUUGAGUUUCUGACCUACUCUAAAGGAAUGACCACGAUCAGCGAAGAAGACUUUGCCAAAAUCCUGCUGCGCUUCACCAAUGUGGAGAACAUCAGUGCUUACCUGGAGAACGUCCGCCAGUGCAUACCUGAUGAGAAGGGAAUCACCUUUGAUGAGUUCAGGUCCUUCUUCCAGUUUCUCAACAACCUUGAGGACUUUGCCAUUGCCAUGCAGAUGUAUAAUUUUGCUGCACGCUCCAUUGGACAAGAUGAGUUUGCGAGAGCUGUGUAUGUAGCCACCGGGCUGAAGCUGACGCGCCACCUUGUACACACCAUCUUCAAGAUUUUUGAUGUAGAUCACGACGAUCAGCUCUCCUACAAGGAGUUCAUCGGCAUCAUGAAGGACCGGCUGCACAGGGGAGCCAGGGGCUAUAAAGCUGUGGCACGCGCCACCUCUUUUAGAUCCUGCCUGAAGAAGGAGCUGGCUAGCAGCAGGUGAAGGGCCAACACUACACUUCCUUCUCCAGCUGUGUUCGCUCUGAGGCCAGGAGACAGGUGCACCAGCUCUGGAGGAGGUACAAGGAGAAGUCGUAGAGGGGGACACAGACAGAAGGCUGAAAAAAAGCAUGAAGGAAGAAGAUAAAGAAACUGACCACUGACUUUGAAAGUCAGUGGCCUGAGUUAUCAACACUUUAUUUUCAGAGGCAGAUCUCCAAAGCAGAAAAUAACUCAAGAAGCAUGACUGCACAGAGCUGACUGAUGCUCUAUAUGCUGAUAAUAAGCAACACAACUAUGUUUCCUGUUUGCUCAGUUAUGUUAAUCUGAUCGCAGUCAUUCCAAGUAUGAUUUACAGUUUUGAGGCAAAAUAGAAUUCAAAUUCAUCUUUAUUGUCCAAGCAUGGUGCUGCCACAACAGUGAGUAGAUCAUUAUUGUUAUUUUUAUUUUGGAUACAUUUAUUUUUUCUUUUUUUAAAUUAAAAAUGUUUUACUUAGCUCACUUACUCUGACUAUAUAGCUAUAAGUUGUUGCAUUUUUGAAGUUCUUCCAACUUACACUUGUAUUUACUCAAUGAUUCAUGUGAUCACUUAUCAAAACUGCUUUUUGUCUGUUCUUUUUUAUCAAAACUAUUUUUUUAAAGGAACAAUUUGUUACACUACUGCACUACAAACUGUAACAACUAAAAGAGCACAACAAUAAUUCAAUAACAAAAUUAAUGUGAUAUCCAUAUUAAACGAAUAACAGAAUAUAAAGUAUUAACAUACUGCAGAACACUAAAGUUGCGGAAUGAACUUUGAAUAUGCAUUUUCAGCUAAUUUGAAUCAGUCUUUUUUUUUUCCUUUUUAAAAACUUUUUGAUGUUUAAUUUCAUCUAACCAGUGUAGUUUUUUGCUUUUUAUUGCACCCUAAGUAUAUAUAAAACACUAUUGCUACAGUUAGGAAUUAUAUAUUAUCCUAAUAUUACUACAGCUUUUGGUAUGUCUUUUGAUGGAUGUUAUAGCAUAAAACAUGAAAGAUAAGGAACAGAAAUUUGUUUUAGUAAUUUCAAUAUUUCACCUGACUGAAUCCUCAUUGUUUGGACCUGUUUUGUGUUUGAGGUAGCUGUCCAUAUGACACAGACUUCAACAUAGGUGCCUUUUGUUCGUGCCCUUUGUCAUUUGAAAAAUAUUACAUAGCAAACCGGACUUGUCCAGCAGUUAUUUCAUCACUGUGUAGCUUUUAGCAGCAAGAGAGCCUCAAAACAUGUGCAAUGGUUAUAUUAUUAGUACCACAGGUGAUUCAAAUCAUACAUCUCUUAUUUGUUGUAAUAUAUUAACGGAUUCUUGAAUAUAAUUUUUGGAUGUCUUGGUGUUAAAUAAGGAAUAUGAUUUGAAUAUAUUUGAAUGAAGGAAGAAGUCUAGAUGUGUUAGGAAUGGUGGGUCUGUGCCAAGUUAUAAACAUAAUGUAAAUUGUUCUCAUUAUGUUUGCAAUAAGUCAUGUAUUUGUCAAAUCAGUGGACCUACUGAACGAGUUUUCAUGCAUGAAUAAACUAUUUUGGGAAGA